CCUCCACACAAUCAGGUGGGCUCAGUCAGGUACAAGAGGGAGUAGCAGUAACACCUCCACCUGCCACUGAGACAGUCGGUGAUUCCUCGACCAGGCUAACAGGGUCACCUCAAAAUCACGUAAUUGUUAUUGGUUCUAUAUUAACAAAUUCCCGGAAGUGUUACUGCGGAGGGUAAAUUCGCCAUUCCGAAAAAAACAUUAACAAAUAUAAUCUAAAUUUCUCAAGAAGAAUCUCCAAAAAUAUAUAUAAUAAAAACUGAGUUAAGACCUAACACACACAAACAACUCCAUAACUAAUACACACACACACAAAGAACAAAGGAAAAUAGGGAAAAAGGAAACUGAAAAGGCAAGCAAAAGACUGCACAAGGAUCCCGGUAAGAAACAAGAAGAGACCUUUGUGACAAUGCGCGAGAGGGAGUCAUGGGUAGUCCCCGCCUCUAACUACGCCAAGAACACCUUCAACCCCAUCAGGAACAUCGUCGAGAACCUGCAGAUCGUUCCUAACCCGGAGAAGCCUAUGAUAGCGCUUUCGAUCGGCGACCCUACUGUGUUCGGAAACCUCAAACCCGCUGAAGAAAUUACCGAAGCCGUAGUCACAUCCAUCCGUAGUGGUAAAUACAAUGGAUACGGACCAAGCACAGGUUUCGUAGAGUCGAGAGAGGCUGUUGCAAAAUACGUGUCCGUCCCCGGCGUUGCAGAGCUCGAGGCGAAGGAUAUCAUUCUCUGCUCGGGUUGCAGCUGUGCAAUUGACCUCUGCAUCACCGCCCUCUGUUGCCCCGGCCAGAACAUCCUCGUCCCUCGUCCUGGUUUCCCUUUGUACAAGACUCUGGCAGAGGGAUUGUCCAUUAACACGAAAUACUAUGAUUUGCUGCCGGAGAGGAACUGGGAGGUGGACCUUGCGAUGCUGGAGGACCAGAUCGACGAGCAGACGGCGGCCAUCGUGGUGAACAACCCCUCGAACCCUUGCGGAUCCGUGUUCAGCGCCGACCACCUCAGGAAGAUUCUCCAAGUGGCCGCCAGGAACAAGGUGCCCGUCAUCGCCGACGAGAUCUAUGACCAUUUCGUGUUCGAAGGGCACGAGUACCAGCCGAUGGCGGCCCUUACGCAGGAGGUGCCGGUGCUGUCCUGCGGAGGCCUCACCAAGCGCUACCUGAUCCCCGGCUGGAGGAUGGGGUGGAUUGCUAUCUACGACCGAGGCAACAUCCUCUCGAAAGAGAUCCGCGCAGGGUUGCAGAGUCUAAGCCAGAGAAUCAUCGGCAGCAACACUCUUGUGCAAGGAGCAUUACCCGCUAUUCUUUCAUCUACUCCCAAGUCCUUCUUCGCAGACACUUUAACGCAAAUCCAGGCCAACGCUAAGCUAUGCUACAGUUCCAUCAGUGCUACUCCAGGGUUGCGUCCGGUAAUGCCUCAAGGGGCGAUGUACAUGAUGGUGGGCGUGGACAUGGCUUGCUUCCCCGAGUUCGAGGAUGACCUGCAGUUCGUGGAGCGGAUGAUCUCAGAGGAAUCCGUGUUCUGUUUACCUGGGAAAUGCUUCGACUUCCCGAACUACGUCAGGAUCGUGCUGACCGUCCCGAAGGAGCAGCUGCAAGAAGCGUGCAACAGAAUCAGCUCCUUCUGCGUCCGCCACUACAACGCCCCUUCCAUGGCCGUCUCCUCCAACGGCGUGAGCAACGGCGUGACCAACGGCGCCUCCAACGGCCACGCCAACGGUAACGGCUGCUCCAACGGCUCCUACAACGGGGCCAUGAUGACGUCGGUCGAGGAAGCGAAAGUUUUGGCCAAAGCAACAGCGCUGGAGACCGCCGCGGCCCUCGUGGCGGAGAUGGAAACUGACUGAGGGAGAGAAAGAGGAAUUGUAGAUUUUUUUUCUUCUAAUGUAAAGGAAAACAUUAGAGGACUGGGUUUGGGGGAUGAG